UGGGCUUCAGACCACGCCCCUCCAAGGAGCCCCACCCCCUCAGUCAGUCUCCCGGCCCUAGCAGAUCCGCUGCUGGCAGAACGUAGCAGCCCAGAACUGGGGGUGUUGCAGCGGAAGCGGCGGCGGCGGCGGCGGCAGCGGCGGCAGCUGGAGCCGUCGAACCCGAUGGCUGCAGUGGGGCCGAGGUCUGGCCCUAGUGCCGGCGCAGAGGCUCUAGCCCUGGCGGCUGAGCUGCAUGGGGAGGCGACGUGCUCCAUCUGCCUAGAGCUCUUCCAGGACCCGGUGUCCAUCGAGUGUGGCCACAGCUUCUGCCGCUCUUGCAUCGCCCGCUGCUGGGAGCGCCCAGGGAUCCCGGUGUCGCCUGCCCCCCGUGCCCUGCCUUGCCCUCAGUGUCGGGAACCCGCCCGGCCGAGCCAGCUCCGCCCCAAUCGCCAGCUGGCCGGAGUGGCCAGUCUGCUCCGUCGAUAUAGUCUCUCCCCAUCUGGGGAUGGAGACGGGGAGGGCGCGGGGAGCCUGGUGUCUGGCUGCGUCCAGCACGGGGAGCCCCUAAAGCUCUACUGCCAGGAUGACGGUAGGGCCAUCUGCGUGGUAUGCGACCGCGCCCGAGAGCACCGCGCCCACGCCGUGUUGCCGCUGGAUGAGGCGGUGCAGGAGGCCAAGGAGAUGUUGGAGUCCCGGCUAGGAGCCCUGAAGAAGGAAUUGGAGGAGUUUGAAGAUUUUAAGUCCAUGGAGGAGAAGGAGAGCCGGGAGCUCCUGAAGCAAGUGACUGUGGAGCGGGAGAAGGUAGGGGCAGAGUUCCAAGCAUUGAGGGCCUUCUUGAUGGAGCAAGAAAGCCGGCUGGUGGGGCGCCUGGAAGAGCUGGCCAGGGAGGUGACCCAGAGGCAAACUGAGAACCUGAACCAGCUUGUCAGUGAGAUCUCCUUGCUGUCCAAACUUACCACUGAGAUGGAAGAGACGUCCCACAAACCUGACCUGGACUUCCUGCAGGAGUUCAAGAACACAUUAGGCAGGUGUGACAACGUGCCUGGCCCCAAACCGGCCUCCGUGUCUUCUGAGAUGAAGAGUAAAGUUUGGAAUAUUUCACUCAAGACCUUUGUUUUGAAGGGACUGCUAAAGAAGUUCAAAGAGGAUCUUCGUGGAGAACUGGAAAAGGAGGAGAAAGUGGAAUUGACAUUGGAUCCUGACACGGCCAAUCCCCGCCUCAUCCUCUCCCUGGAUCUCAAGAGCGUCCGCUUGGGCCCUCGACCCCAGGAUCUGCCCCCCAAUCCCCGGCGCUUUGACACGAAUACUCGAGUGUUGGCCUCGCGUGGAUUCUCUUCUGGCCGUCACCACUGGGAGGUGGAGGUGGGCUCGGCUGACGGCUGGGCUUUUGGGGUGGCCCGGGAGAGUGUCCGGAGGAAGGGGCUCACUCCCUUCACCCCUGAAGAGGGCGUCUGGGCCCUUCAGCUCAAUGGGGGGCAGUACUGGGCCGUGACAUCCCCUGAGCGCACCUCAUUGAGCCCGGGGGGGCGGCUGGCCCGGGUUCGGGUCGCUCUGGAUUUAGAGGCUGGCGCGGUGUCUUUCUAUGCUGCUGAGGACAUGAGGCACAUCUACACCUUCCGAGUGGCCUUCAGAGAGCGAGUCUUUCCCCUCUUCUCGGUCUGCUCUACUGGAACCUACUUACGGAUCUGGCCAUGAGAUGGGGCCAGAGACGAUGAGCCACGAAGAGGAUGGGGCUGAUUUAGGCCUCUGGGCUAUUGGGAGCUGCAGGAUGUCAGUCCUGCACCGGGCUUUCCCCCAACUCUGGCUUUCCAUCUGGCCAUACUUAACUUUGUUUUCUCUGAGAGAUGGGGUACACGCAGCAAAUUAAUGUUUGGUCUCUGUGUAUAGGCCUCUCCCAAAUCCUGGCUUCUUGUCUGCCAUGUGCUGGCUUUUCCCCUCUCCAGGCUCUUGCUGGGCCUCACCACAAGCAAAGCAGCCAGAUUAUCUUGUGCAGGUCUUUGCCCCUUCCCCUCCUUGUCCUGGGCUACCUUUGUUACAGUCUCCCCAAAUUCUUUAGUCCUGCCGCUCCUCCUCCCACUCCAAACUCCUUUCCUUAUCCACAUGCUUCACCAAAAGUUAUCUGUGGAUUUCACCUUGAGGACUGUGGAUGCUGAGGAUGUUGGCAGCUCUCCCCAGGCCUCUUGUGUGGCCAAGUAGCAAGUUUAGACUGUACAUAUCUGCCUGGCUCCCUGCUCCUGGUCUCGUUUCAUCUCUAGAACUGCUCUGUCUCCUUUCCCUGGCUGCUGGUAGCUGGCUUUCCUCUCAGCUUCUUUGUCUUCAUUUUCUCCAGGACCUUAAGAAGGUGUUGGAGAAAGGUGGUAGGAGAUGGAUGAAGGACUAGCAGAAUUCCCUUAGCCGGCUCUCUGUAGGCUCCUGCUUACUUGAAUCUUUGCCCUGAGCUAGCGCUAGUGCAGGCAAGAAGGAAGGCAGAUCUGGGCCUAGGGCAGGACACUUUGUUUUCUCUGUUUUGCACUUUUGUCAGGCUGUAGCCAAUGGGAUCAAAGUGGACCCAAAGGCGAGCAGACUUGGCCCCUUGUCUUUGGACUCAGAGGCCAUCUGUUUUCCUGGCUACAGCUGAUGUCUGGAAUCAGGACAGAGCUGUUUCUAAGAUGUCAGUCUCUGCCUAGACCAGAAUUAGCCCUGGGUUCAUGUGGGUGACUGGCAGCCACUCAAAGGAAUACAUGCCAAAACACAUUUGGGAACCCACCAUGACCCUGCCCCAUCCCCUUCCCUCCCCCACCCCCAGCCACAGAAAAGGUCACCAAUAGAAGGACACACACACAGGCCCAUGAUUGUAGGGAUGGAUCUCUUCCCCCACACAUGGAGCCACACUCAUCACUUUGCAAACAUAGUAACAUCAGUGUACAAACCCACAGGUGUGAGGCACUCAGAACAAUCGAUAUCCAGGUAUUUCCUACCACCAGUGGACCCUCUCAUUGUUUUACCAAAUGAUAAAAAUACACCUUCAUCACCUUUCCAAGAAGCACAUCUUAGAGACUGUCAGCCAUUCACACACAUACUAUCUAGAACUUGAAUCACUGAGUUUUAGCUUCUGGGUCAUGAUCUCCAUGGCUGUCAGGAUGGUGCCUCAGUUUCCCCAGUGGGUGACCUGUGCUGAAGAGGGAGGGGGCCAGUGUAGUUGGGGAGCAGCACAAGAGGGAGAAAGUGUGGCUGUCCCAGACCAGCUUCCCUUCAGGCAAUCAAAAAGACUGACUCGAGUUCCUGGGUUUCUGAGUGGUUGGGAUGGGUGGGAAGGGGAGUGUGUCAUGCAGGGGUUUCUGUGAGUCCAUGGGUGAAUAUAUUUCUGGAUCCAUUCUCUUCUCUGAGUGUUGCCGGGAAUCUCUUUGUGGGCGACUAUGCAAUUCUUGGUGGCUCUGGAUCCCGUCUGUGGGUCUUUGUGUGUGUUAAGGGAGGGCACCCCUCGUCUCCCGCUCCCGUUAUGUGGCUGUGGUUGUCCUUGUGUGUCUUUGGACUAUACGUACUGAUUCGAGCACUUUGGGGUUAAAUGUUACGGGAUGCAGAUUUCCGAAUGUUUUGUCAGUGUGUCUGAAUCCUUGAUGGUGCAUAUCUAUAUGUUUGCAUGUGAGUAUGAUAAAAUUAAGUGAAUGUGUGUCUGUAGUGUGAGUGAAUACUUAUUUGAUUUGUACUGCUCUGGGUAGGGAGAUGGGAAAAGUUUGGCAUUGACUCUAAGCCCUAGAGCAAGAGUUCUUAACAUAGGAUAUGUAAAUUUGUGUUAAAAAAUGUUUUUUGAUAACUAUAUUUCAAUAUAAUUGGUUCCCUUCGUUUACCCUAUGUAUUUUAAUUUAUUCAUUUCACAACAUGAUUCUGAGAAGGGGUCUGUCCAUAGGCAUCAGCAGAUUGCCUAGAGGGGCCCACAAUAUACCAAAAGGCUAAGAACCUUGCCUCUGAGGAAGGCUGUAUGCAAAGUGGUUACUUGUGAUGUCAUCAUGCUUCUGGGAGUGGCUCUCUCUGCUCUCCCAUUCUCAGAAGGGCUGUGGCUGUGCUCAGUGAUGGUCCUUAGUAAGUGGCAGAGGUGAGCAGGGCAGUUGUGGGAGCAGGAGGGUCUGUCCCGUCCUCAGAGCAGAGCUCUGAGAAACAAGGUUGGAGGUGAGCUGAGUUUUCCAGGUUGACUUGGAGCUUCCCUGUCUAAAAUCCAGGAAUCCUGCCUUGGAGCUGAUGGUAGCACCUUAAUUUUUACUGCCCUCUUUGUUCUUUUCAUUGCCCCCAUACCUCUUUUUUUCCAAGGCCUUUUCCUCUUCCCCUCUUUCAGGACACACAUCUGUCCAGAAAUUCCCUCUUCUCUUUAGGGGUCCACGUGUUUCAAUCUUCCAGUUUCUGGGAACUAAAGCUAACUCUUAAAUGACUGUGAUGUGCAUUUAGACAGUGUUAUGUAAAGAAGUCCACAGCACCCAAUUUUUACAUAGAUGCCCAUAUAAACAUUUCAUGAAAAGCAAAUUUCUGCAUUUACAAUAACUAGCAUUUGUAUGUCACAUACAGGUUAGCAAAGUGCUUUACAAAUAUUAUUUCUUUUAAUUUCAGCAACUCUAAGAGGUAAUGGCUAUUAUUAUCCCUAUUUUGUAGGUGAGGAGACUGAGGCUGAAUGAGGUUAAAUGACUUAUCUAGUUUCACAUAGAAACAGGAUUUAAACUUAAGUUUUCUUGUGUCUUAUGUCUGGGUCCAGGCCACUUAACAAUAGCAGCAAUUCACUAGGAAUUGACCACUUUGAAAAUACUGGAGAGAUCACUAGAUUUGAAAGUAGAGGAAGUCCAGACUUCAAUUCUAUCACUUACUAUGAAUCAACAAGCAUUAACUGCCUUCUAUGUGCUAGGCACUAGCAGGCAUCGGGAAUGCAAAUAUAAAAUUUAAAAGUCUGUUCUCAAGAAUAAAAGUAUUCUAGUGGAAGCAACAAGUACAGUAUGUAAGAUAUACAAGAUAAAUACAAGGCAGUCUUUUGGAACAGGCACAAGCAUGUAGAGGGAUUGGGCAAGGCUUUCUCAUAGAACUGAAUUGUAAAGGAAAUGGCCAAGAUGAUGAAGAAACACAUUCCAGGCAUGGGAGAACAGCCUCUUCAGAGGCCCAGAGCUGGGAGAUUGUGAGGAACAGCAAAGAAAUCAGUUUGACUGUGUGAAGGAGAAAAAUUUAACAAAUCUGAAAGGUAGGUUGGAGUCAGGUUUUGAAGGGCUUUAAGUGCCAAAGAGGAGUUUGUAUUUUAUCCUAGAGGUACCAGGAUGUUACUGAUGUAUUAGAGUGUGACCUGAGGAAAACAGUGUUCUUCUCUGGCCCCCACUUAUCUGUAGAAUGAAAGGUUUGCCCUCUCCUUUAUUGCUCUAACUCUUUGUUCCUGAGUCAAAUUAGGGAGGCAUUCUGGAGGAGGUACAGUGUUAGGAACCCUGAAUAAAAGUAGUGAAAUGCUUUGUCAUUGUUGGGUGAGGGGGUAUUUCAGGCAACCUAACAAAUUGUCCAGAGGCAAGAAAGGCAUAGUUAAUAAAAAGAUUAUUGAGUCAAUUUACCUACGAGUUGAAGAGGAGAUUCUCAAGAGAUUAAUAAAGUUAAAUAAUUUGUAUAGAGCCUAGUGAAAGGUUUUAAGACAGGGUUUGGGACUUGUUCUGUAGUGUAAUGGUUACCCAGUUCAGGGACCAAGGAGGAAGAUGGUAUACACACAACUGUAAUGAGAGAAGAAAACUUAGUAAUAGAGAAGAUCAGCCAGAAAGAGAGGUUGUUAUAGUUAAGGCGGUCUCAUUAAGGAAAUGCCAGUAGAUUAAGGUGGUGGUUGAAAACUGAAGAGUUUAGAGUCAUUCAGGCUCUCAUCUCUCUCCUAGGGUAUUAUAAGAGCUUCUUCAUUGAUCCUGAAUUCAUCCUUCAUGCAGCAGACAAACAGAUAUUCUUUAAAAAAAGAUAGAAAGAAAGAGAAGUCAAUCAAUCUACCAAGACAUAUUAGAACCAUAAUUAUAGAUUUAAUGCUAUGCCAAUCAAAAUGCUAAAUGAGAUACUUUUCAGGGCUAGAUAACAAUCAUCUAUUUGGAGGAAGAAAAUAUCCACCCCAUCCAGGGAAAUCAUGAAAAAAGGUAUAAAUGAAUGUAGAAUAGCCUUUUGAGGCUCUUAAACAUAUUACAAGGCAGUAGUCAUCAAAGUAAUUUGGUACUAAUUUGAAAAAAUUUAAAAAUGAGUCAGCAGGAUACAUUAAGCAAGGAAGAACCAGAAAUAUUGAACCCAGUGUUCAAUAAACCUGAGAACAGAAACUACCUAGGAAAAUCUUUAUUUGAUGAGAACACCUGGCAAAAAUUAGUUUUAGGCCAAAUUGCCAUUUUCUAUAAUAAAGUCAAAUGGAUCAUAUUAAAGGUCAUGCCAUAAAAAAUAAUAAGCAGAUCACAUACUUUUCACAAUGUUGAGAGAAGAAUGAAUUAUUAAGUAACCAAGGAAUGGAUAUAUAAAACAAUUUUCAUUAUGUGAGAUUGAAAAACUUGUACCAACUAGAAUAAGAGAAGCAAUCUGUCUAAAAUAUCUUUGAGAGGGGGUUUCUUGUCUAAGAUAUAUGGACCGAAAGAACAAAAUGCCCUACAAACUAACAGAAAUAAAGACCAAAAAUUAUUUUUAAUUUAAGAUUGUCAAAGGAUAUGAAUAGUUCCCAAAGAAGCAUAAGCUCUUAACCAUAUGGAAGGAUGCUCCUAAUUGCUACUAGUAAGAGAAAUGUAAAUUAAAAUACUUAGCCAAUUGGCAAAGAUUAUAAAUGAUGGAAAUAAUGUUGGAGAGUUUAUGAAAAGAUGAAGAUUAAUGUAUUAUUGUGGAGCUGUGAUUUGGAAAACUGGAAAGCAUUUUGGAAAUAGCAAAAUGACUAAAAUGUCCAUACCCCAAUUUGGUUCAGGGAUCCCACUGCUAGGUGAGGUCAUUGACAAAAAAGAAAGGUUCCCUAUAUGCUAAAAUAUUUACAGCUGCUUUUGUAGUCACAGAGAACUGGAAACAAAAGUAGAUGCCCAACUGUUGUGGAAUGGUUAAACAUUACAUGAAUAUAAUGGAAUAUUACUGUGCUAUAAGUAAAAUGAAUAUGGUGAAUACAGAAAAGCACAGAAAGACAUGAAUGGAUUCUAAGAUGAACUGGUUGACUUGGAUGUUUGGGAGGUUGGACUCUAGUCAAAAAAGUCACCAUUUUGUGCUGGCCAUUAUAAAAAGGGAGUGUAUAGACCUGCUUAGGACUUUCUGGGCAUCUCACCUUUUUCCUAACAGCUUCUGGAAUGUUGCCAGCUGGGAGAGGAGAGGGAUUUCUCUUCCCUCCUUCCUCUAGCAGUUAAAAGGCUUUGCUUAGGGCAAAAGCCCAGAGUGCUUACCCAAUUGGCCUGGAAAAAGAGAAUUCCCAAUAGCCAUUUUUUUAUAUCCUGAGUAUAUAUCCAAGAUUUUCCCAGACCAAGAGAUGAUAACAGUUAUGCUGCUAGGUUGAAUAUUAUGGAUAUGCACAUAAGUUCACAAAGAAGGUGUGUGACCACAGAAGAGUAUACUCAUGGACAACAUCAAUCCUGAACUAAUCUGAAUCCCUUCAAAUUAGGAGGGAGGAUUUUCUAGGCAACAUGUUGCUUCCUAGCCAGAAAGGGGGAUAAGGAUUCAAAACAAAACAAACCCCCACCUUCCUAUGGGGUGGUGGAGAGGGAAAUAUAAUGUUCCAAAUAUGGCAGUCAACUUGUGCUAAAAGCCCUAGAAGUGGGUUAUGGAGCUUUCUAUUCAAAAGGAUAAUAAGCAGGCCAUUUUGGAAGGCACAAAAGAUAUAUAAAAGGGAGAUCAUCAUCAGCCAUGAAAGCUAGACUGUAGCAAGAUUGCAAAGGACUUCAUGCUCUACUAAUAUUCUGCCCCUCAAAAUUAUAGAUUUUAUUUUUAAAAUUUUAUAUGUGUUGGGAUUUCCUUCUCUCCACUUCUCUCUUCCCUUACUAUAAACUCCUUGAGGGCAAAAAAGUGGGGCUGGAUUUUUCUUGGGGGGGAGGGGCAGAUGUUGGCUCAGUAUAGUCUAGUAGUAUACCAUCGCUGGUUAAUGCUUAUUAAAUUGAAUUGAAAAAAGAAGUAAUGAAACUGAGCAGAAAAGUGAUGUAGAUUUAAACUAUGGGAGUAUCAGAAAUAAAACAAUGCUUUGUCCAGAGAGCACAGAAAAGAAUUGAGAAAAUGUACUUCUCUUUGGAGAAAUGAGAAAUUUUGAAGACUUAGAUAUGGUUGAUGCGUUUGUUUUUGCUGAAAAAAUUUUUAAAAAUCUUUGUUAUAAGGGAUGAAAAGAUGGAUUUCAGAAAGUAUUAUUAAAAUAAUAUAUCAAUAAUUUUUUAAAAAAUUGAUUUUACUGAUUUUAUAUUUUUGCAUUACAAAUAUUUCCCAUUGUAUUCUUUCCCUCCCAAAGAACCAUCCUUUAUGACAAAGAUUUUUUUAAGAGAAGAAAAAGAAUAAAGAAAAUUCAACAUAACUGGUCAACAAUUGGAAAAAUGGUAUUUUUAAUCCAGUGUUUCACAUGGUGUACAUUUUUUGUCACAGUGCCUGACAUAUAGUGAUUGUGUGUUUUAACUUUUUGACCUAGUAAGAGCUCUAAGACAGAGAGGCAAAGGCUAGGCAAACAGAAUUAAGUGACUUGCCUAGGUCCAACAGCUAGGAAAUGUGUGAGGGCAGAUUUGAACCCAGGACCAUCCCACCAGUCUAGCUUCCCCUCAUAAAUGCUUGUUGAAUUAAAAUUUACUUGAAAGGUUAUGAUCUGCUCUUAAUGAUGAAACCAAUAGUUACAUGCCCAGCUUUUUCUGUCUUUAAAGUUGGCACUCUAUCCAUAACAAGAGAUAAAGACCUGUAAGGGACCCAUACCUCAGCUGAUUCUAGUCUUACAAGGCCCAGAGUGUAACCACAAGGUGUUAAUGAGGAGAAACUGUCAGUAAAAGGGCUUCUAUGACCUGAUCCCUUUAUGAGAUAUGAAAUCUUUCUAAUUUAAGUCAAGAACAAGGAUUGACAAAGGAAAAUUACCCAUAUUUCUGAACCUUGAAUAAAUUUUGAAAUUGGAGAGUUGGAGGCUGCUGUGGCAGAGACUCCUUGCAUCUAUACUAAAGCAGCAAGGAGAGGAGAUUCUCUCUCUUCCCUACUCCCCAGCUGCCAUGUUUUGAAUCAGCUGCUUGACCAGUAGAGAGAUAGUGCAUCCAUAAAAAAGCAAAAACCCACAUUCCAUUUAAACUCGAAGAAAGUCAUGCAAGGGAGGAAAAAUUUCCAAGGAAACUCCUGGCAAAAGAGAAGAGAGAGAAGGCUACUGACUCAAAAGAUACCAUUUGAAUCCAUUUGAGCAACCAGCCCAGCAGAUCCUGCACCCAAGGAGGAACUUUGAAAGGCUUACUUACAUAAGGAGAGAAAAGGCUGUUAGGCCUGACAUACCAAGACUUGGGAGGUGCCUUUGCUACUGUUGUAUCCGACACCUGUGCCUCACUAUCAUUGUACUUAUGGUCUUUGCCCAUUUUCCCACUGAUGUUGUCUCUAUUUGUGGGGGGUUCUCCCCAGUUUUAUGUGAGGAAUGUUUUACACCAAUUGUUCUUGCUAUGUACCAUCAUAAUAAAUGCCUUUGCUAGGAGCAAAUUGCAUUGAGUGGUAGUAUGUCUUUUUUUAAAAAUUAUUUUUAUUCUGAACUUUGACCCUUCCCACUAAAAAAGAGCAUUUCUACACAUACAGUAGAGCACACAACGGAUUCUCUAUGAAACCAAGAAUCUCCAUUUUAUACCAUUUGCUGUUUUUUGAAAAGUGUACAAUAAAUUCUAUGUUACUUUCAAAACUGA